AUGAAACAGAACAAUAUAUUGAACCUACCACUAGGACAUAGCAUCAUAAAGAUGCCGCGGAACAGAAAUAUCUUCAUAAGAAGAAUACCUCGCGAGGAAAUUCCAUGGCAGACAGGACUAUCGUCAGAAAGGAAAUGCAGCAUACACAAGAAUCUUCAUAGUGACACAGCGAGAGAAACCAUCUCUAUAAAAAUGGCAAGCGAAAGGAUAUAUUAA